ACGCCUAGUAGCAGCAGUAGUAAAAAGAGCUCAAUCUUAAAAGAGGGAAGGGGAAGAAGGCCAAUGGAGAAUCCAAACCCCCUCGUUCCGUGAACGGCCGAAUGCUUCCUUCUCGCGCUUCUCGAAAGGUCCGAUGCGAAGCGAUGAUCCGCGGCGACGUCGGCGAUCGCUGGUCCUUCCUGGAAGAAAUUGAGGCACCCAUGUGGGUGGAUCUCACGAUAGAAGUUAGCAAUAAUGACCAAGAAAGGGCUGAUGAAUGGUUCAGUGAAAGUCACCCGUUCCACCAAUAUUCCUCUCGCCAAUUAAAAUCUACUUUCUCUCAUAUUUCUGAGGAAAAUGGGAGCUCAGACUUUUACCUUCACGGACCCUUUUCACCGAAGCUUCCGUCCUCAGUGUCCAAAUCUAGAGGUAAAGACUACAGGGGCAAGAAAUGGGAGCAACAUAAGUCUGAUCCUUCAGUUCAUCAGAGUCAUCCGGUAAAAGUUCCAAGUGCAACAUCUUCAUGUUCCAAACAGUGUUCCCAUCUGCAAAGCAAACCAAAUUUGAGGUUGGUUAACUUGAGAGGACCCUCUGGCUUGAAGAAGAAUUCAAUAACAGAAAUGAAUUCUGCCAGAAAUGGCAGCAGGCUUUCUUCGAAACCCACACUCCUUGGCUCUACAUCAAACAGCACAAGUCAAACAAAGCAGAAAAGUGGCAUUUCAUUUGAGAGCCUUCAGCAACAAGAAAAAAAGGUUCUUCAUGUUUCUGGGCAAGCUUUUGGUAAUUCAAAUGGGCUUUCUUCAAUUAUUAGAAUGGGCCUCAGGAAGAGUUGUGUUACAAGACAAGCAUCAAGGGUGGAGAUUAAUGGUGAUACGGUUCAUAGAAGUGGUCAUAAAUCUUCUGGAAAGUCCAGUGUGGGUUCAUCUUCACACCCCUUGUCUGGUGCUAAUCACUUGACAUCGAGUCCAAUUGAGGACAGGGAGAUUACUCCAAAUAGCAGACACCCAGCGAGUACAUCUCAAGCACUUGUGAAUAAAAAGGAGAGAGUGGUCUCUGGUGUCUCAAAUACUAUAUCUAAUACAUAUAGGAGGGGUAAAAGCCACCUUGCAAAACCAGGCUGCCCAGAAGUUGCAAAACCUAAGGUACAGCGUCCAAAUUGUUGUUCAAAGGCUUCACUGCCUCUUCGAGUUAAUGCACCAAACUCUUUCGCCAAUGAAAAGCCUAAGGAAAUGCUAGAGGUUUCAAGGCUCAAUAAAUCUGUGUCCAAAGAAAAAGAAAAUUUGAGGAGGUUGCCUGAGGGUCAGACUAAUGGCAACGCAGGCAGGUUUCAGAAAGGGAUAACACGGAACGUGUCACAAAAGGAUGAUUGCAGAGUAUUAGUUGGUUUGAAGCUUGGAAAUGUCAGUGGAAUUGAAGGAAAAGCUAUCGAGAACGUUUCUCAGAAGGAUCUACUUUCAAUGAGAUGAUGGUACCUGAAUGCAUUUUUGGUAAUUUGGCCCCUUCUCUGUUUUUUGACUGGGCAUUAACUUUUGGUUAUUUUGUCCCCUUCGUGGGUCAACCAGUUAAAACUCUUCUACCACCAUUGUCCUGUGUCACCAGCCUCUCUGGCUAAUCCUGAAUAUAUUGUUUUUCCUCAGAAAAGUUGGUUCUUUUGCACCACCAUAUCAUGGUGAACUAAUGAUUUAGUUUUUGAAACA